AUGCCCUCUUCACCCACUUUGCUGCGCGACGCCCACCACCAUUCCACGCUUCCUCCCCCGCCUAAUGCGCCUGCUUCGGCCCCAAUUCUCCGCCUCCCAACCGAACUUCUCCUCGCUAUUCUCGCACGCUGUGUCACCGACAACCCGUGGGACGACGAGGCGCCGAUUGCCAUUCUCAUGAAGGCGCAGUGGCUGGCGCUGUCCGCCGUUUGCUCCCACUGGCACAGCGUUAUCAUGGGGACACCGACCAUUUGGGCAGACAUCUGCGUCUGGGCGAUACCCACGCGAGAGGACGCUCUUUCCGUUGAGCUAGUCCAGCGGGCUCUGCUGCGCGCCGGUAACACUCCGCUCCGCGUCAACAUCGACGUGGCCCAGACCUACGAUGCACAAACGGGGCGGCCCAUUCGGCGACAGAUCUUCGCUUUCUUGAGCAUGUCUUCAGCGCGUUGGCGGGCGCUCUCGCUGCGUGUCGACCCCUUACAGCUAUCACUGGAACUCACGCCUAUCCGCGGGAAGCUGCCCCUCCUCGAGCGGCUAGAGCUGGCCCGGGGCAGCAACGCCAACGACAGAACAUUUUUCGCGGGCUGCGAUCUGUUCGAAUUCGCGCCCGCAUUGCGGAGCCUUACGUUCGAAGACAUUCCUCCCCGAGUCGCGUGGCACCAGCUCAAAGAGGUGCGGAUGAAGAUCACCUCAGGAUACCACGGCCACUUCCACAAAGCUGUCUAUACUGCGCUCGCGUUCAUCGAGCACUGCUCCGCUUUGUGCAGCGUUGUGGUCUGGGGGAUCACCCCGCCUUAUCACCAGGACCAGGAGCAGCUCGACGACUGGCCCACCACGCCGCUGUUCAAAUCACCAAUUCGGUCGCUUUCUCUCGCGACGUUCUCCCGCAACGACGCGCAGGCCCGGCUCGCGGGCCGCCUCCUCCGCCUGCUCGACCUCCCAAAUCUCGCCGAAUUCAAACUCGAGUCGACGUUUCCUGCGGUAAAUUACUGGGACCCCGCGGCCUUCACCGCAUUCGCUCACCGCUCGCCGAAUAUGACCGUUCUGCAUCUGCGCAAUGUUUAUAUUUCUACGCCCGCGCUGUUGCAGGCGCUCAGCCAAGUGCCGCUGUUGGAGGAUAUUGCUGCUGGGGACACGCACCUGCAGACAUCGUACCAUUUUGCGAUAACGGACGAGGUAUUGCGCGGGCUGCUUGAGCCCGGGCUCAGUCUGGUGCCGAAUCUGCGCCGGCUGGAGAUCACGUCUUUCCUCCAAUUCGACUACGGUCUCCUGCUCGAGGUCCUUAGGCAACGCGUGCAGAGUCCCGUGACUGCCGGUGGGGCGUUUGUUUUUUGUGCGGUGGUGUUGGCGAUGACGAAGGAUGAAGUGGACUAUGGUGAGCGGGCGAACGAAGGGCGACUCCGGCUUGAGCGGGAGCUCCGGGAUGGGUGUGUAGAGGGGUUGCGAUUCACGGUCGACGCCGAUGUCUUAUAG